CUUCAAUGCUAAACAAGCAAGCUUUCUUAAUUUGCAUUCAUGGCUGCCAGUGCUAUCUUGUUCAUCACAAUAGCGCUCCUCAAUUCCAUUCGCCUCUCCUUGGCCUUCGAUCCUCGUCCUCUUCAAGAUAUCUGCGUUGCACCUACCUUAGGACUCGCAACAACGUCAACAUGCAAGGACCCAAGACUUGUCACCGCAAACGACUUCUACAUGACCGGCCUGAACCGGCCGAGACCCUACAACCCGUAUGGCGUCGCCUUCACUGUGGCAUCGGUAGCUACAACUCCGGGGUUCAAUACCCAAGGCCAGACAUUAAUAUACGCGGAGUUUGAGCCGAACGGGAUCGCCCCGCCUCACAUUCACCCUAGGGCGUCAGAGAUCAUCUACGUGAUAGAAGGCUCGGUCGAGGUGGGAUUCGUAACCUCCUUCCCAGACUACAAAUAUUACAGCAAAGUUAUCAAGAGAGGCGAUGUGUUUCUUUUGCCGGUCGGCCUCGUCCACACAGUGCGGAACGUGGCUAGAGGGAAGAGCAUCACGACUGUGUCUCUCAAUAGCCAGAAUCCCGGGUUCAUUUUUCUCCCCGACUCUCUUUACGCGGCCAAGCCGCCCAUCAACACCAGUUAUCUGGCCAGAGCGUCUAAGCUAGACGAGAAUACCGUCAAAGAUUUGCAGACAAAAAUGUGGUUUGCUUAAUUAAUCCUUUUAUGCUGGUUUACUGGUUGCCUAAUAAAAUAAAAUAAUAGUAGUAGUAUUAUGAAUCUGGUUUGGUUAAUCCUUGUAUGUUGGUUUAAUAAAUAAAAUAAUAAUAGUAUAUGAAUCUGGUUUGGUUAAUCCUUGUAUGUUGGUUUACUGGUUUGCCUAAUAAAUAAAAUAAAUGAUAGUAUUAUUAUGAA